AUGUCUGAAACUUACGACGAACAAGUUGUUGCCGAGCCAGUUGAGGUCCAAUACGUGGAACUGUCCACCAAGAUCCCUGCCGAUAUCAGAGAGGGAGCUGAGGAGAUCAAGCUGUUCAACAAAUGGUCUUUCCAGGAUGUCACCGUCAAGGACAUCUCUUUGACCGACUACAUUCAAAUCAGACAGCCAGUCUUUGUUUCCCACACUGCCGGAAAGUACGCCGCCAAGAGAUUCAGAAAGGCUCAGUGCCCAAUCAUUGAGAGAUUGACUAACUCUUUGAUGAUGAACGGUAGAAACAACGGUAAGAAGCUGUUGGCCGUUAGAAUCGUCAAGCAUGCCUUGGAAAUCAUUCACGUUUUGACUGACCAGAACCCUCUGCAAGUUCUGGUUGACGCCAUUGUCAACACUGGUGCUAGAGAAGACUCCACCAGAGUUGGAUCUGCUGGUGCCGUUAGAAGACAAGCUGUUGAUGUUUCUCCUUUGAGAAGAGUCAACCAAGCUAUUGCUCUGUUGACCAUUGGUGCUAGAGAGUCUGCUUUCAGAAACAUCAAGUCUAUUGCUGAAUGUUUGGCUGAGGAGUUGAUCAACGCUGCUAAGGGAUCAUCUACUUCAUACGCUAUUAAGAAGAAGGAUGAGUUGGAACGUGUUGCCAAGUCCAACCGUUAG